AUGAAGACACCAAUUAAAUAAGAGUAAUUAGACCAAUAUGUUGGAAUGGGAUUUUCCAAAGAAUUGAUCACCAUGGCAUGGGAAGAGAGCAACACAGAAGCUGAUGUCAUCAAUACUUUACUCACUUUGUCAGACAAAAAUAAUGCUCUCUCCAAUACACCUACAGUAAUUGCAUAUUGAAUAAAUCUAUUAGAAACAAGACGAGGAUAUUCAACUAAAUCAAGCAUUAAUAGACUCUUACAAAACCAAUCCUUAAGCGUCUACAUCCACCUUUGAAAUCGUAUCACCUGAAUAAAGAUAGAGAAGUAAUGGUGUUCCAUGUGGUCUUAAGAAUGUGGGAAAUACUUGUUACUUCAAUGGAUUACUCUAAACAUACUUCUUCAAUAGUGAUUUUGUUAAAAUCAUUAUCAAAUUUCAACCACCUGCUUAGAUUGACCAAGGGAAAUAAGGGAAAUCCAUUUAAUUGGUGCUUAAUCUUUAGCAUUUAUUCCUUAGCAUGAUAGGAAGUGAUAAAAAAUAUGUAGAUCCCUCAGAUGUGGUCAAGAGUAUCUGUGAUGAUUUUGGGAAUGUUCUUCCCAUUGGCGAUUAAAAGGAUGUCGGAGAAUUCAAUAAUUAUUUUUUGAGCAGGAUUGGAGAAGGUCUGGCAUAUAAUGAACAUUAACCUAGCAAAAUUGAAGAUCAACCUCAUGAUGGAUCUUCGUCUAUUUUGAGAUUGAAAUCAUCCACCAUCCAUGAUGAGGAUGUUGUUUCCAAAUUAUUCUUUUGCAAAGUACACAAUCACUUGUAAUUCGAUCAAGCUGGUGUACCUUAAAGCAGAGACAGCAAUGUACUUUAUAAUUUCAUCCCCAUUGUUUUGAAAGAUGGCAAUCUCUAUGAUGGUUUUGACAAUUUCGUCUUCAAUUCCAUCGAGGACUUCAAAAAUGAUUUAAGUGAAAUUGUUUGUGCUACCAAGUACAAUUGGAUUCAAGGUGCUCCUCAGACAUUGUCGUUUUAAAUUCAAAGAGUUGCUUAUAGUAAAGAGAAAAGUAAUUCGCACAUUUAAUUUAGAUGAUCUUAUCAAACAAAAUGAUGAAUUCUAUUUUGAUGAAGAAAUCUAUUUGGAUCGUUUCCUUAAUGAAAAUAGCAAGAGAUAUUUGGACAUUAGAACUCAAAUCAAGGAGUAGAAGGAUAAACAAAAAAAAAUUAAAUAAGAAUAAUAGUCAUUCUCAAAAUUUGAUGACAAAUACGACCUUUAAGAUAUUCUCUAAACUGUAGUUAAAUUUUUAGAAAUCCAAAACAAAGGCAAUAUUGACCAUCCUGCCAAUUUUGGUUACUCUGAUUAAAAACACACUAUAGAAUAACUCUAAAAAUAUUCUUAACAUGUUCAAAAGAGGAAAGAAGUCUUGUAAUUUUCAUACAACGAAGUUGAAGGAAAGAUCUAGGAGUCUUACAACAACUUUAAAAAGUAUAAAUAUCAUUUACAAUCCAUUUUGAUUCAUGAAGGAAUGGCAAGUAUGUUAAAUGCAUGAUAAUUCUUAGAUUCUGGACAUUAUUACACCUACAUCAAGGAUUUCAGAUUAAACAAAUGGUUUAAGUUUAAUGAUAUUCAUGUGACAGAGGAAACAAGAGAAAAAGUGUUUCAAGAUGCUAUUGGUGUCAAACCAGGAAUCAAUGCUUACCUACUCGUAUAUGUGAAAAACGAAUUUGUAUAAGAUGAACUGAAAUAUCCAAAGCGGUUGUAUCAAACUAGCACUGGGAAGGACUACUUAAAGGAUGGUUAUGGGGAUUUCCUGAAUCCACAAUAGAAGGACAGCAUUAUCAGAGAAAACUAAUUGUUUUAGAAUGAAAUUGAGGAUUACAAAUAAGCUAGAAUAAUCGAUAGGAUUGUGGAGUCCUAUCAAAGUAGGUUUGAGUUUGUGAAUGAACACUUUCGUACUAUUGCUAAUAAGUAUUAAAGUGUCAAAUUUAAACCUCUCUUUACCUUAAACUUCCCAAUUUACAUAAAAUGCAAGGCCACCUAAUUAUCAAAUCAGAAUACACAACAUGACAACUUAAUAAAGUGGAUUAUCUUAGAUUCUGCUUUGAGGGAAGUGCAGGAACACAAAGAAGGAAUUUUCGGUGGAUAAUUAAGUGAGAAUGUAUAAUUUAGAUAUAUCAUUUUAGUUUAAGAACAAGAUAAUAAACAAAUUUACAGCGCAAUUCAAUGAAUUCAAAAGACCAUCAGCUAGAUUGACUCUAUCUGAGUAGAAUGAUUUGAAUAAAUUCGAAUAGGAAUAUUUGAAUUAUGUGAACUUAGGAGCUUGGGCUACGCUAGUGUUAGACUAUUUAUCGAGGGCUGAAUUUAUCAAGGCUCUUUAGGUUUUACAGUGUCUGACUAAGAAAGUGAAGCCUUUGGAGUAGUAGAAUUACUUUUUUAAGUUUACUAAGAAUUUGAAGACUUUGUUACCCAUAAUAAUAAUUUGCAGGAUGAUUCCCAAGGAGUCUGAGGUCAUUCUGAAGGAGCUAUAGUUGUUGCAAGCAUAUUUGGUGCACAAUCACUUUUAGUAUGACGAUCCGAAGUUUUGGUAAGCAGAGAUAUCGAUUAUGUUGUAUUCCAUAGUAGAGAAUCAUGAUGAGUAGUAUUAGGGCAUUAGGGAGAUAAUCGUGAAUUUUGAGGCUGGGAACAAGAUCAAGGAGCAAAUGGAAUUGUUGGAAUUCGUUUCGGAGGUACUUUGUUUUUUGAAAAACCUUAGGAAAUUCAAAAUUAAUAAAUGAUUAUAUCUACUUCAUACGAGAUCUAUUUUUGGAGUGCGUAUCCGAAACCGGAUAUAAUUUUUGAUAAGUUGGUUGAGGGAAUGAAUAUGCUCAAAUAAUUAUUCGAUGUAAGAUUGAUAGUAUGUAUGUAGCCCUAUAUAAAAAUUCAAUAGGCUUUGAUAAAGGAGGUAAAUCAACCCCUUAUGAAAGAAGAAUUAGAAAAAAUGAUAAAAUGA